AUGGAACUUGAUACAGGAGCAGCAGUCUCUACAAUCUCUGAAAAGAAAUUCAAAUCGCUAUGUCCAGGAGCAAAAAUCAAAUCUACAGAAGUCAAACUGAGGACAUAUUCCGGAGAAAUUUUAAAACCGAUAGGGUCGUGCAACGUUAAUAUUGAAUAUCAAGGCCAGCGAGCCCGAGGGGACAUUUACAUUUUGUCACAAGAUGUGGAUACAAUUUUUGGUCGCGAUUGGUUGAAAAAUAUUAAAUUGGAUUGGAAUACUAUACACCAAAUAGACACGUUAAAUUACAAAGAUGAACUAAACCUCACUCUGGAGGAAUUUAAGGAUGUCGUAUCAACAAAACUAGGAAGAGUUCCCAAUUACGAAUACUCUUUUAAACUGGUUGAACCAAAUACACAACCAAUUUUUCUGAAACCAAGAGCAGUUCCAUAUGCUCUAAGAGGAAAGGUUGAGAGCGAACUGGAUAGGCUAGAGCAAUUACAAAUUAUAGAAAAAGUGACUCAUUCCACAUGGGGUACUCCGAUUGUCCCAGUAGUUAAGAAAGACGGUACUAUUCGUCUUUGUGCGGAUUACAAAACAACUUUAAAUCGUGUAAUCGAAGAGGACCGAUAUCCGAUACCGAAAAUAGAAGACAUAUUCAAUAAAAUGAGAGGUGGGAAAUAUUUUUGUACCUUGGAUAUUCAAAAGGCGUAUUUACACAUGCCAGUAGACGAAGAGUCAGCAAUCAUGCAAGCUAUCAGUACACACAAAGGAGUGUACAAAGUAAAACGUUUAAUGUUUGGGGUAAAAACGGCUCCAAAUGCGUGGCAACGUUUUAUGGACCAGAUGUUACAAGACCUGGAAGGAGUGGUGUGUUUCUUCGAUGACAUUGCGGUACAAGGGAAGACACCCGACGAGCUUUUAGUUAGGCUGCGAUAUGAAAGCCCUAGCACGCAGUCACGUGUGGAUGGACGUAUUCAACGGAGACACGUCGAUCAAUUGUUACCUUACAAUGGACCAAUUCCCUUUCAAGGAAUUCCCGUGGAUUCGGAAAUUGACAAUAAAGAACCGAACCAAGAACUUCCCACCGUUGAAAAGGAAGAAUUGCCCCGACCCAUUUCGGAAUCAACACCAGUUUUAGUUCCUGAACCGGAACAGCCGGUUAUCGUCAACGAAUCAGGAACCUUGACAUUAAGACGAUCUACCCGUAUCAGGAAGCCAGUGGACCGUCUCAAUUUAUUUCCAAAAAAUUGCGAUUGUACAAAUGCCCGAUAUGUUGAAGUCAAGGGAGUGUCACUAAAUUUAACACUACUUGAGAUUAAAAAAUUUCUUGGGAUGAUAACCUUGAUGUCUUGUUUAAAAUACCCACGUAUUCGAAUGUAUUGGGCUAAAACUACUAGGGUUGAAGCUAUUGCAAGAAAUAUGACACGUGAUAGGUUUUUUUCAAUUAGGAGUAAUCUAAAGGUAGUGGUUGAUGGCGAUGUUACUGCGGCUGAAAGGAAUUUAGAUAAAUUUUGGAAGGUCCGUCCUUUAAUGAAUAAAGUAAAAAAUGCUUGUUUAAGUUUACCUAGAGAAAAAACUGUAGCCGUGGAUGAACAAAUGAUUCCAUUUACUGGUGUCUGUGCGAUGAAACAGUUUGUAAGAGGAAAACCAAAUCCAGAAGGUUUAAAAAAUUUUGUUUGUGCUGCCCCAGAUGGACUGGUAAUUGAUUUUGAAUUGUACCAAGGAAAAAAUACAUUUUUGGAAGACAAUUAUAAGAAUUUGGGAAUUGGUCCAUCAGCUGUAAUUCGACUAACACAAACAUUGCUACCUGGUACACACCUAUACUUCGAUAGAUAUUUUACCACUUUACCUCUACUUGAACAUCUACACCAACAAAAAAUGUAUGGCACAGGAACUAUAAUGAAGUCGCGCAUUCCUUCAGCUGUUCAUUUAACCAGCGACAAAAUGAUGAGCAAAAUGGGACGUGGAGCAUCGGAACAGUUAUUGCGUGAAGACGAAAAAAUUAUCAUUGUUAAAUGGUACGAUAUGAAGCCAGUUCUUCUAGCGUCCACGGGACAGGGAAGUCAACCAUACGACGAAUGCAAAAAGUGGUCGAAGAAAGAAGCAAAAUACAUUCAAGUACCCAGACCUAACAUAGUUUCUAAAUACAAUGAAUGCAUGGGGGGUAUAGAUUUGAUCGAUCGAAUGAUAAGUUAUUACAGAAUACAAGCAAGAUGCAAAAAAUGGACCGUUAGAGUUAUUCUACACUUCUUUGAUUUAGCAAUGGCCAAUUCUUGGAUUCUUUACAGACGCGACAAAAAGCGGCUGAACACCACUAACCGAAAUAUUCAGCAAUACCUCGAUUUUAAAAUUGAGUUUGCUACAUAUUUGCUGUCAGAUCAAAACGAUUUCUUUUUGGACUUGCCAAGAUCUUUGAGUACCAGAGCCAAUUCUAAGGGCAGAGUUGACUCACCAAAAGUAUGCGAUUCUCCUACUUUAACGAGAAAUCGUCAUCAUUUUCCGGCAAUAGCUUCAAUAAAAAAUUCCGUAAGGUGUAAAAAUCAAGAUUGCAAAAAGAAAACAAAGUUCUUUUGUGAAGCUUGCAACUUUUUUUUGUGCAUUACCAGUGAAAGAAAUUGUUUUAAAGACUUUCACAAGUAGAUUUAGGACUUUUAAAACUGUUUUUAUACUUUUUUAGAAUCUUUGUUUCUUUGUGCAUAUUUAAUUUUUUGGUAGGAAAGCAACCUUAUGUCCACUAAAAUGGACACAGUUUUUUUUUAAACCAAAAGAAAAAAUAAAAAAACUUAUUAAGAAAAGUUGUUUCAUUUUGCCUUUUAAAAUCACCCAUAAAGUUUCAUGGUGAUCUAAUAAAAAUAACCUCUCUGGGUCCCAGG